AUGUUUAAUAAUAUAAAUCAAGGUAGCAAAUCACAGCACCUCAACAACAAUAAUAAUAAUAAUAUUGGUGGUGAUAUUUUAAUUGAUCAAAACAAUUUAGAAGUAUUCUCAAAGAAUCUAUAUGGAAAUUUGAUAUCAGCCAUCAAGAUUAGCAACCAAUUGCCUAUUGACGAAGACUAUUCCUACUACUCGACCUAUCCAGCAUUCCGUGAAAAGAUGAAUCAGUUUGGACGUCGUCUUUUAAACCUCACCGAUAAUUUCGUACAAUCAGAGAACCCAAAACACUCUCCUCUAUUCGAUACCAAUGACAAUGAAGAUGUCGAAGAUGUAUCUGAACGAUUCACAAAUAUUGUAGAAGUUGUUGAUGGAAUUAUUGAUAAAGUGGACCAUCUAACAGAUCAAAUGGAUAAACCAAAUAGAUUAAUUCAAACCAAUACUAUAUUAUCAUCAACUACUACAACGACACAGGCAACCACAACAACCAUUGGUAAAACAACAGAAUUGAAUAUGUUUUACGGUCACAAUAUUAUGCGUCCACAACUUAAAUUUGAAGACAAGGUCGAUAAUUCAAAUUACCCAUUCCUACCAAAAAUUACAGAGAAACCAAAUCAAUUAAAACCAUUAGAUCCUGUAUUUAGAAAAAUAUUUUUAGAAUCACAAAAAACGCAACACGCUCAUCAACUCUUACAAGAUAUUCUCAAAGCUCGUCUAGAAGAAAAUAACUCUAUUCAUCAAAUUUUAGAAGGCUCCAACACCAAUAACAGUAAUAACUUGCACAACAAGCUACUCAAUAAUAUACAGGGGUCUAGUCAGAGUCAGCCACCUCGUGGGUUCAACCCUGUGCCUGCCAUGGCACCUGUCCCUGCUCCAGCUCAAGUCGUGUCCCCCACAGUCUUACAGCCAUUGGCAUUCUCGGCCAGCAACCCUCCAACAACCCCGUCCACGUCGCCCAUCUACCCUCAUUCGCAUUCACAGAGCCCAGUCUUGUCUACGCACGAACUGUACAGGACGGCCGGCUGGUUGGACCACCAAAACCACCAGUACCACCUUUUACAGCAACAACAACAACAACAACAACAGCAGCAGACACUCGAGCCCAUUCCCCUCCAGUCGCUCAUCUCACCCACUCCCCGUCGCUCCACCUCGCUCAGCCAGGCCAACCAGACCAACCAGGCUGCCAGUGUACCCGCACCAAACUCUCUAUUUGAUAGCAGUGACGAGUCGGGCAACGACGACUAUGUCGCCAAAAAACACAAAAAGAUAGCUACUAUGGUCGAGUCCUCGUUUGACGCCUCUUCACUAGCCCCCAACUACAAACCCAUCAAUGAGUUGACAACUCUUACUACCAUGACCACCACAAUGACCACUACUACAACAAGUACUACUACUAGUAGUAGCAGUAGCAGUAGCAGUAAUAAUAGUAAUAACUCGAGCGGAAAUAAUAAUAAUAAUCAAAAUAAUAAUAGUCAAAAUAAUCAAAGUAUAUCAAAGGAUCAAUCCUCAAUGUUUGAAGCAUUAGGAGGAGCCAACAAGGACGGUGACGAUGAUGACGAUGACGACGAUGAUGAUGUCGACCUCAAGUCGAUCCGUUCAGAUGACGAGGAGAUUGAGACGCAGUUGUCGGAUAGUGGUAGCGAGGAGGAGAUUCCCAAGAGUAUGGAGGAGAUUUACCAGUUGUCCAACCUCAACCGUCGACGAAACAAGGAGAAAAAGAAACUAAAAGAAACACCAAACAAUACAAGUAUUGGAGGGACAGAGAGUGGAUCUACUAUCCCCAACAACAACAACAAUAACAACAACAACACAACCACCACAAACACCAACACCAACAACGCUAGUUCAAUCAAUAUACUUACUAGUUCAACCAACCAACUCAAUGAACCAGGUGCAUCUAAAAAGAAAAAUGAUUUACUCGAUGCUGAUCCAAUCACUUUUAUGAAGGGUAUUGGUUGGAUUCCAGAAGGUACCAACACUACCACUAAUGUUCCAAUGAAUUUGGAUACCACAAGUACAAGUCAAACAACUCAACAACUUCAACAACCAAUUCAACAACAACAACCAAAAUUAAAUAAGAAAUUACAACAACAACAACCUCAACAACAACCUCAACAAACAUCACAACAACCAAAACAACCAUUUGUUCCAUUUGAUUAUAAUCAACAUUCACAACAAAAUCAACAACAACAACAACAACAAAAUUAUAAUAGCUUUAAUAUUGAAUUCACCGGUGCUGCUAAACAACAACAACAUGGCAAAGCAAAGAAAUCUACGACAAUGAGAAGUGGAGUAAAAUCCGCUACCGUUGGAAACCAACAACAAAUGCAAAAUGGUAUUGAUGGUUUGACUGAUCCAAAUGAAUAUGAUAAAGAGUUUUAUCAUCUUUUAAAAGUUAAUCCUCAACAAAUAAUCGAAUGGGUAUCAUAUCUUUUACUAAAUGGUAUUCCAAAGGUUUGUUAA